UUUGGGGGCGAUUUUCGGGGCGAGAGGGGGGCAGUUAGAGAGUCGGAGCGGUCAGAUCGGCUUAUUUACCCCCUGUCGAGGCACACAUGGCUCUGUGCGGCGGCGUCGGAGCCUCGGCCUUACCCAGCGAGCUGAUCGUCCACAUCUUCUCCUUCCUGCCGGACAGAGAUAAGCUGCGGGCCUCGGCCGUGUGCUCGCGCUGGCGGGAGUGCCUCUUCUACCCCGCGCUCUGGAGCGGCCUGAAGCUGCGCGCGCGGACCGGGACCGCCGGCAACGGAACCGGUAGGCUCGAGUUCCUCAUGCGCCGGUUCGGCAGCUUCGCCCGCGAGCUGCAGCUGGAGCUUGACGGCGCGGCCCAGAGCGGCCCGGGAGACCCCGAGCUCGGGGAGCGCUGGAGGGAGGCGGCCAACGCUUACCUGGACCAGGUGCUCUGCGUGCUGGGCCACCUGCGCAACAACAGGAAUCUGCAGCGGUUGAGUCUGUACGGCGACACGUGCAUCCUUCAGGACGACAGCAUUCUGGACAGCUCUUACCUCGCCCAGAUCGACCAGGGGGGCAAGAAGAUUAAAGAGAUGCAGCAGCUGUUUGAGGAGAUCCUGUCUAACAGCCGACAGCUGAAGUGGCUCUCCUCGUCCUUCAUGCUGGGUUUGGUGACCCCGUGCUCUUUAGCGUCUCUCUCUAACCCCAGCGCCGAAACCCUGGAGCACCUCAGUCUGCUGGACGGUCAGCUGCCCAGCCUGGUGCCCACGGCCGAGCUCCAGCGCCUGGUCCACCUGCGCUCGCUCUCCAUCGACUUCUGCGACUUCUCCUCCGAAAUGUGCCGGCUGCUUUCGGCCAGCGACCGCGCGCCCCUCCACCGCCUCUCCCUGCUGCUCAACGGCGCCGCCCUGGAGGCCAAACCACUGGAUGGCACGGCCACUGAGGAUGACCUGAAGGCGCUGGUCCGGCGCAGUGCUAACCUGCGUGUUUACCUGAUGGCUCUGGACGUGUGCAGUCAGGACCUGCUGCGGGUGCUGAAGCCCAGUCUGCCUCUGGAGCGGAUCCACCUGGACAGUUUCAGCACGCUGGUGACCGACGGCGUCCUGGAGCUCAUCUCGCAGCAGUACCACAAAACGCUCACGCACUUCGUCCUGGUGAGGGACGACGGAGGCUUUCCUGACCUCAGCGUCAACCGCAACGAAGAUCCGCUGGUGCUGCUGGCCUGGAGGUGCAUCCACCUCGCCGUCCUCAUCAUCCACGGUUAUACGGUGUGGUCCCACAACCUGGUGGCCAUCUCCCGCCUGCGUGGCUCCAACUUGAAGGUGCUGACCGUGUCGGAGGAAAGCAUCGAUUUCGACCCGGACCAGUCGGUGUUCAUCGAGGGCGACCCGGUGCACAACCUGGUGAAGGAGGUUUCCCUCGGGCUGGGCCGCGUGUGGCACCCCUCCAUGGACAGCAGCGUCAUCCUGAGCGACCCCACCCAGCACUUCCACCGCGAGAUGCUGAGCUUCAGCGAGGGAGUUUAAACCCAGCAGGGCCUUUAGCUUUUGUUUCGUUUUCCUCUGCACCUUACCCACCCUGUGCUCGAUUAUCUCCCAGAACAGGCCCUGUCUCAUUUUACAUACUCUUUUCCUUUUAUUUUCCUUCCUUUGAGAUUCUGUUUGUUUUUUUUUCCUUCCUUGUAGUGUGAAAUUAAUCCUUUGUAAGUGCUGUGUUUAACCAGUAUUAGCUCUAUAUUUAUAUCUAUCUAUAUAUCCUGCUUAUGAAAUAGGAAAGUAUAGUUGGGUAUCGGUUUAGUAGCUAAUUGAGUGGAUGGUGGAGAGGGGCUUUUUGUUUUUGUUUGUUUUUUUACACAGCUAGCUUAAAAAGAGUUGUACAGAGUGUUUCGCUUUGUUCGUCCGCUCCUACGUUGGGUUUCCUCUUAUAGAGCGUGGAGUUACCUCAAGAACUAUCAGUUUCAGAUCCAUCUUGGCUUUUUACGAUGACAAAAUCUCGCGUUUUUUUCCUUGACCUAUAGGGAGAUUAGUCUUCCGGCCGAGAGAACGGGCUGAUAGACGUCAAGCUACACCCCUGCAGCCUUCCUCGUUGUUCCUAACUGUUAUUUGAAGGUGGUGAUGUUGACGUUGUUGAUGUUAUUGUUGUUGUUGAUGUUGACGACGACGAUGGUGUCGUUCGGGACGAAAAUCCCGUUUUUUUUUUUUUGUUUGUUUUAUUUUUUUUCCUCAACCUGGAAGUGGACGCGCUUCUGCUGGUGAAACCAAUUAGCUGAGGUUCUCAGACUGGCACUUAAACCCUGCGCGCUGAAUGUCCGUUAGCACAAAGUCUGGGCUCGGCUAACGGGGCUUUAUCUGGAUCAAGUCCGCUCUGUCCGUCUCAGGUAGGCACGAACACCAUGACCUUGAAGAUGAGGGUGAUGAGGAUGAGUGAGAACAAUCAGCUUUUCUCUCAGCUUUUGAAGAAAUGGCUCGAUCAGCAAAGCUAAUGUUGCUCGAAGAAAAACAGAUGCGCACUUUCAGUCGAGGAAGUGGGGAGAUAUUUGUGGGUGAACAUCAGUUUUUGUCGUGUUCACAGUUGAAAGGCAAGCGAAGUGACCCUUCGUUUACCGGCCACAUUAGCGUGUUUGGUCAAGCUAUUCCUUUAAUCUGUUUAUCGAGUCACAGUUGCCUUGGAAACCCCCCCUUUAUAGUUUCCCAUAGCGGAUACGGAUUCAGUCACCAUUACUGUUACCUGUUCCUUCAAGACCAGCAGUCAUUCAGUGCGGAAAGUCCGAUCUCGUCGUGUCCGAGCGGCGUGGCGCGAGCGAUCCUCAGUGUUUCGGGGUGAAGUUGAGCUCGAAUCCCCACAGUAUUUCAUCUGCAGAGUGUUAGGAGGAGGGAGGCAGUUGCUACUCUGUUUUUCCCCCCACAUAUCUCAGGAUUCCUGCCCUUCCGGUACUUUUCCAGUGAAGGUUUUCGUCCAAGCUGUUUGUUCGGUGCGUCUGUGCGCUCGAUGGACAAGAUAGUGAAGGUUUUUUUUUUUUAUUUUUAUUUGGAGAAAUGUUAAAGCUCUUCCAAAAGACUGCGCUUUACAGUGGUUUUUAUUUUUCUAUCUCUCUCUCGUGUGCGUGGGAUGUACGCUUUUACUUGCGCCGUUUGCCAUUUUAAAGCUCGUAGUGUGGAGGGAAACCGCGGUCGCCUGCUUAGCGUUAGGAAAGUGAAUGUCGAACGACGGCCUUCGUUUCUCGUUUUAAAAAGUGGCGCUUGUUUUUGCUCUGGAGAUUCGGAAGCAUAUCUUCUUUUCUCAUGCUCCGUGCAGUGACGUUCGGAUGGAAGGUGGACACGUUUGUGGUUUUCGGUCUGAAAGGCUAAUUAGCCGCCCGCCUUCUUGCUGAUAGACGAGACAGCGAAGCCAAACCGGGUGUGAAACUGUAGCCACAAACUAUCCUUCCUGUUAAAAACGUUUUUUUUUGUAAUGCUUAGCUGGCUCAGCCAAAGCCAGUUGCAGUAAAUCUCCAUAUGCAAGCAUAAUGGGGGGAAAUCUGGCUAGAGGUUAGCUGGUUAGCUUGUUAGCUUGUUAGCUUAAAGGAGUAGUUUGGUAAAAAGUUUCAUUUGCACACCGUAACCCUUCAUCUGCAUGCAGUCGAUCCACUAAGGCAGGGCUGCCCAAUCCUGAUCCUGAAGAUCAACCACCCUGCAGAGUUUAGCUCCAACCCUAAUCUAACACACCUGAUCCAGGUAAUCAGCCUUCAGCGGCGUCUGACUGUCCAGGUGUGUUGGAUCUGAACUCUCCAGGGUGGUAGAUCUCCAGGACCAGGAUCGCUAAUGCGUGUUUGUUGUCCUGAAGUUAGGCUAAUGUAAGUCUUUUGGUUCCAUUGACUUGCAUGGCUUGUUAGCCACGUUAGCCGUCUCAUCUUUUAGCUCCGGUGCUAAAACUAAGGAAGCAAACUUCAGACACCUGAGCGACUACUUUUUAGGCAAGAAGGGAAGAUGUGUAAACGAAUAAUUUUUUUACUGAACUCUUCCUUUAAUAGAAAGCAAAUCGAAAGCAAUCAACCAAUGAGACCCAAUCAGUUCAGAGCCUGCAUGUAAGGUGCCUCUCUAGGUGAGCUUAAACCUGCAGUGUAUGCAUGAGAAACAAAGAUACCGCUUAAGGAAUAAUGAUAUAACUAAAAAAUGCAUGCCAGUAGUGGGAUUCUGACGUGUUUGUUUGAAAAGUCCCAUUUCUAUUUUUAGUACCACACCAAAAAGGAUCUAGAUGAGAUUGUUCUAUAUUUGGAAGUUUAAUAUUGUAUAUUGUUUCUUGCCGUUGAAUGAGGGUGGGUAAGGACUCGAGUGUCAGAGGGAGACGACGACGUUGGCGAGUUGUCGGUGUGUAAACUGCUAAUGCGUUCAUGCUGUGCCUAAACCCAGAAUAGCUUUCGUUUCUCGAAGCCCACACACGGCGUCCGUGUUCGUCUCCGGUCGACAGAGUCAUGUCUAGCAUAGCGAUAGACAGGUGUAACUAAGACGUUAGCAUAUUAAAGCAUCAGCGUGUUGUUUUUCUUCCUUAUUUUCCUAGUUUUUUGGGUUUGUUCUCUCUGUACACUCAUGUAUGUGUGUGUUGUGUUUUUUUUGUAAAGUUUCAAAAAGUGCAUACGUCAGAGAAGGAGGUGUGUAGAGUCGGGAGGCGUACCACUUUCUCAGCAGUGAACAGGAAACAGCCUUUCUCAGGGUUCCGUCAGUUCAGUGGAGGAGGAGUCCAGUAGCUCAGGCCUCUAAUCAUGGACCUCUGAGGACGCGGCGUCGCUCUGCGUCUGCCGCAUGAGGAGCUCCGGGUCUCGGCUGGUUUUCUCUAUGGGGAAAACUGCUACUGUCUCACCUGGUGGUGAGCAAAAAACGUUCCAGAGCUGAUUUAUUUGUGUAUGUUUUCCCCCCAAAACAGAUUUUCUGAGUUAUGAGGUCAUUAAGGAGUCAUAAUUCAAAUAUUGCUACAUGCUAAUACACGCUCUGACAUCAUCAACUGACAUCAUGAGACUGACCUCACCGAAAUACCCAGCAAGCUUCGUCAAAUGUGAUAGAUUAGAGGCUGUGCUUUGAUUAUACACUUAAAACUGAUGGUUGUUCAAGGGUUCUUUAGUAAAGGCAGUGGUUCUAUUUAGAAACAUUCUAUGUAGAAACGUUUCAGACUCUUUGCAUGGUGAAUUUGUUCUUCAGAUUAAUGGAGAAUGUGUUGUAUAUGGUUCUAUGUGGAACCUUUGGAAAAUAACACCAAAAAGUGUUUGUUCUAACAAGCUUAACAUCAUACCAAUGGAACCCGUUUCGGUUACAACACAUUCUCCAUCCAUUUCGCCAUGCAUAGAACCUUUUAAGCAUGAAUUGAACCAUUGCCUUUUCUUAAAGAACCCUUAAAGAACCAUCUUUUUUAAGUGUAUAGCUGAAAUUGUAGGCUUUCACUUGUUAAUUGAGUGUUAGCUUGGUUCUAGCAUGUGUGGAGCAACAUUAGCAUUUUGGCUACUUUAAAGGGAAUCAGUUUUUCAAAAAUUUACAGCUCAGUUAUUAAAACAAGCCGUCUGAAGUGGUUUCAUUAUAGAGAAACUUGAAUGAAAGCAAAUUAGAUGUCUUUACAGUGGUGGUGAUAGGAACCAGGCGUCACCAUGACUACAACACAAAUAUAGACAUUUUAUUUACUAUCCAGAACCACCAGUGAACCUACACGAGUCUUCUGAGUUUAUAUGGAAUGUUGAUGAUGGUGGUCAUCUGAACGGCCGCCGUCCUCUGUGAAUGAUGUUCGGUUCCUAUCACCACCACUGUGAACAGUUCUGACUCUGUAAGUUUAUCUAGAACAGAGCGUUUCACACCAAACCACUCUGAACGACUCUGUUUACAUCUUAACCACCUAAUUAUUUUGAAAUUUUGAAAAAUGGCUGGAGUUCCCCUUUUAACGACCUCUUAAGUCAGAGGAUAGUGACUCUCCUGGGGGUGAAAUUGCAUGUUUUUGUUCAGCUCAGGGGAAAAUGUUGCGUAUGGGGCGGCGAAAUGACUCCGCGUCCUCAGACGUUUGUGAAAGUUUCCAUACGAGAAAUCAUAAAACCAAGUCACUGGAAUUUCGCUUCUGUCAGCACGUCUUGUGUCAGCUGCCAAAGAUCACGGUGAUUCAACCUUAACGAAAGUGCCCGCAUGCUGGCAGAGGGCAGGGCCAACGGCUGAUCGGCCUCUAGAUGUACUACUUACUACUAUAUUCUCUUACUACAGCUAGUAGAUAUCGAAUGGGUUGAAGUGGAGGUCGGGCCGCUUUCGUGCUCCGCAGCUGUGCUGUGGCGGUUUUCUUUUUUGUUUUGUUUUUUUGGGUCAACAGCAGUAGAUCUCUCUUAUAAAUGCACCUGUUUCACUGUGAAGAGUGAAUGUAAUUUAAAAACUAUUGAGAAAAUCAAGGUUGGUUCUAUCAGACCUACUAUUAAGCUGCUAUGAGACGUGUAAGGAACAUUCCACUGGGGAGUUAAAAACAAACUAAAAUGGCCAAAUGUCUGCAUGAAAUGACUUUAUUUUUUUACUCUUCGAUUCUUUUUCGGGCUUGUUGGGGGGGGCGGGAUCCUGAAAUCAGCGAAGCGGACUGGUCUUUAGGUGAAAAUCGUUGAGCGCGGGUAUGAUUGUGCCUCCCUCGAGUAUGAAGUGCAGAAGGGAGAUUAUUUUUGUGUAGACCAGUCGAUUGUUACAACUCAGUUGGAUCCCAGACUUUUUUGUUUUGUUUUGGUUUUCUUUUUGUUUUUUUUUUAUUUCAGUUUUGGAAACGUUUAUAUGCAUUCACAAUCCAGAUCUCUCUGUAGUUAAAGGAGAACAGCUGUAAGUACAGUGGGCUGCUCUAAAGCCUGAGAAAUCUCAGAAAGCUGUAUAAAGGAAACAAAACGUGGCCUGUAGAAGCUCAGUGAGCUUCCAGUUACCUUACUGCUCAAUGACCUCACGCCAGCUGCAAGGGGUGGGGCGGUGGGGAGAUGUUAUAGAUCGCUGUUGUCGGAAACCUCGUAUCUCCAAAAUGGUAACUUUACAGGAGAAGUAAAAAACAUGCUUUACUUUUGAUGUAAGUCAAUGGAACCAGACUUUUUUCCCCAAGCAAUUUUGGGCCGUUUAUUUUGGUCCAUUCAUCAUGAAAUUUACACUCAAUGUAAAAGACAACAGGCAUUUUUUUUUUGUCAAACUGCAAAACGUUUUGUUCGGAACAAAACUCACUUUUACAGCAGAAGAAAAAAGAAGGAACAUUCUUAACUUAUAAUGGAAGUCGGUUUAUCAGGCAAAGGGUAACUAGAGUUUUUAAAUUAUGCCAAGAAAGUAAAACGCGUCAAAAAUGGUGAUGUCAGGUUUUUGUCCAACAGUCACUAUAUAAUACAUAAAUAAUCUCCAUUAUUGUUGUUUUUCAGUUUUUGACAUAAUAUAAAUAGAGGAACAGGCAUUUUCAAAUUAUGUGUAAAUUUCAUGAUGAAUGAACCAGUAGAAACAGCCCAGUAUUACUUGGGAAGACGUCUGGUUCCAUUGACUUACAUUAGAAGUAAAUUCCUUUUUCUCCUUCUGCUGUAAAGUUACCACUUUGGAGAUACGAGGUUUUGUUCCAACAGCAGCUUUUUAUAAAUAUAUAUAAUCGUCUAGUGUGACCUUGGAGUCUAAACGAGUUUAUUUUUGAUGAAAUCUGAGUCACUUUAAGUAAAGGUCCACUGUAGGUCAAACAUCACGCCGGACAUGGGCCUAACCACCCCAUCCCCCCAUUUCCCCCCUUGCCGGUUUUCCUCUUCAGGCUGGCUCGCAUUAAAACAAAGUCAGAAACUAUGCAAGUGGAAUGCAUAUGAUUCAGUGGCUCUUAACUUCUCUCUCUAUUCUUUUUGUUUUUGUUUUUUCUUUUUCUGUCACUCAUAAAUGGAAAUGACUUAUCUUGCAAUUAUACUUGGCCUUAUUAUUAUUAUUAUUAUUAUUAUUAUUUUAAGAUCUUGAUUCUUCGGAAGCCAACUCAGUUUCGGGGCGACCGUGGGUACAGACAUGGUCUCUAUGAGACUGGCCAGCAGGCCCCAGUUCUAAGUGGUACGAAUGUUGUGCAUUUGUUUAAAAUCAGGACAGUCUGCAAUAAAGAAGUGGCCAUCACGGGGCACGAGCAGUGCUAAGACCAGGCUGCUGCUUACCUUGUAAACGUAACGGCGAGUAAAAAAAUACGAUACCUUACAGCGCAUAUGGGUAUGUAUAUAUCAACAUACGUACUUCUAUGCCACAUAUGUCCGGGUUCUAUUUAUGAACAUGGAGAAAAAAUAGUUUAUAAGCGUUGUUGUUUUGCAAAAAUGGUUUUACCAUCUUAAAUGUUUAAUAUUUGGGCAGGUGUGUUCUGUCUACUUUUUGUCUCCAGUGAGCACAUAGCAUUGGGUUUUAUAUGUACAUCUACAAACAGGAACGUCCUCUGGCACAGGUGUGAACAUGCCAGGUGGGGAGAGAUUUUAUUGAUUUAGAAAAGUGAUCUGAGGUUCCACCAUUAAAGAAGGAAAAAAAUAAACCUACGAGAAAAAAAACGUAACUGACGUACGUGUUGGAUAAACCAGCCUGAAUGUUGAUUUGAAUCAAUGUUGAAUGAAUGCAUUUUCUUUUAAUCGGUAAAUAAAAGCAUUAAAAAAGGA